CAAAAGAUAGACAACAAGUUACUGUACAAUGGAAGGGAAGUGAUUUUUGUGAUUGUCUCAAUAAGAAUAAUGUUAAUUUGGGUGGAGGUCAGUUCGUUUCAGCAAAUCAGGUACUAAAUUUAGCUAACAAGUGUAUAUCUGAAGAAACAAUUAAUUUUAAAGUAGAUGGUGCUGUUUCCAAUGAUAUUAAACGUUGGAUCGAUGAAGCAAUUAGUUCUGUCUUGAAAGAUAUUAAUAUCAACAGAGAAGAUACUACACUGAUUAAUCAAGCAGAGAAAGCUUUGGCUAAAGGUUUAGGUUUAGAUCUAAAAGAUUACCAGCCAAUUACCUCCAUGUUCGAGCUGUAUGAUAGCUUGUGUCAUCUAACUAGCUUUGAAACCGCCAAUCAUGAAAUUCGUGAAUGGUGGAAGAGGAAUAGGGAAAGUCAUGGCGCUUCUGUCUCAGUUUCCGCUCCAUUAAUUGGUGAUCUAUUUUCAGGUUCUGUUAAUGCAAACUAUGACCAAAUCAACGAAAUGAUCAAUAAGGGAGUGUUUUCUAAUCAAGCAAGUUUUAUGAACCAUUUGGAAAAGUUGAAAACAAGCAAAGGUCUACAACCUGUAUUUACUUCUCGUUCCCUUAAUCUUGUUGAGGGUGGGUCAUUAUCAAAAGAACUCAAAAAGAUUAUUAAGGUAAUUGGAGUUGAGUUGAUUUUGAAAACAACAAGUAAGAAGAAAUCAAUGAUUUUAGCCAAAGAAGAUGACCGGAAGAAAACUGUGGACAGAUUCAAAAGUUUAACCGAUCAAGUAACAAGCUUAUCUAAUACGAUUACAAGCCUUAGCUCAACAAUUGAAAAGAUUAUCUCACACAUGAAAUAUCCACAAUAUGAAUUAAUAACAACUCCCAAACCAGACAACAUAGGUGAUUGGUAUGUAAGCUGUCCUUCAGGAUACAGAGUUAACUUUUGCGGUGUCAUGAUGCCUCAUGGCACAGGUCAAAAUUUUUACUAUGGAAUAACCACAGAUAGUGUUUCAUGUUUGUGUUCUGUAGACUUAUUCAAUCAAUCUUGUAAUGUUGAGUUGCUUGGAAUGAUGCAACGUUAG